GCCGCCCGCGCCUUCGGAGGGCACAGAGCGGCGGCGCUGGGGCCAUGGAGUGGCAGCUUCGGGGUCGCGCUGCGGCGCUGGCUGCAGCCCUCCUGCUGCUGCUGCUGCCGCCGCCGGGCUCCCGGGGCCAGGCCGGCGCCCCCGGCCCCCGCUGUGGCUGUGCCCACGACUCUCCGAAGAGGAGCGGUCUGCUCUGCUGCAGGGGCUGCCCAGCAGGACAGUACCUGGCAGCCCGCUGUACACAGCCGUGUGGCAAUGCCACCUGCCUCCCGUGCCCCCGGGGCACCUUCCUGGCCAGGGAGAACCACCACCAGACCAGCUGUGCCCGCUGCGAGACCUGUGAUGAGCAACUCUCCCAGGUGGCUCUGAGGAACUGCUCGGCGGCGGCGGGCACCAGCUGUGGCUGCAGGCCAGGCUGGGUCAUGGAGUGCUUGGACACGCACUGCGUCGGCAGCCUGCUCUUCCAGUGCCGCUUGUGCCUGGACUGCGGGGCCCUGCGCCGCCACCCGUGGGUGCCCUGUGACACAAAAUGUGGGACCUGCCUGCCUGGCUUCUACGAACAUGGCAACAGCUGUGUGUCCUGUCCCACCCCCACCCCUCCCCUUGCAGGAGCGCCUCCUGGAGCUGUCCUGGGCCCUGUGCGGCGGUCUGCGGCUGGAGGCAGAGUAGGUGUGUCCUGGGUCCAGGUGCUCCUGGCAGGCCUGGUGGUCCCACUCCUGCUCGGUGCCACCCUGACGUACACGUACCGCCGCUGCCAGCCCUGCAAGCCGAUGGUUCCCGCAGACGGAGCUGGGAUGGAGGCCCUGACCCCCCUGCAGGCCACCCACCUCUCACCCUCAGACAGAGCCCACGCCCUUCUGGCGCCACCCAGCGGCAGUGAGAAGGUGUGCUCCAUCCAGUUGGAAGGCCACAGCUGGACCCCUGGCCCGCUCCACACCCAGGAAGCCCUCUGCCCAGAGCUGCCGUGGCCCUGGGACCAGCUGCCCAGCAGAGCUCUUGGCCCGCCACCACCACCGCCGCCGCCGCCGCCGCCGCAGAGCUCCCCAGCGCCCCCUGCAGGCUCGGCGGCCACCAUGCUCCAGCUGGGCCCGCAGCUCUACGACGUGAUGGACGCUGUGCCCGCCCGGCGCUGGAAGGAGUUCGUGCGCACGCUGGGACUGCGCGAGGCCGAGAUCGAGGCCGUGGAGGUGGAAGUGGGCCGCUUCCGCGACCAGCAGUACGAGAUGCUGAAGCGCUGGCGCCAGCAGCAGCCCGCGGGCCUGGGCGCCAUCUACGCGGCCCUGGAACGCAUGGGGCUAGACGGCUGCGCUGAGGACCUGCGCAGCCGCCUGCAGCUCAGCCCGUGACGCGGGGACCACCUGCCAACCGGGGGCUCUGGUGGCCCUUGGCGAAGCCUUAAGUACCGUUACUUAUGCAUGUAGACAUUUUAUGUCACUUAUUAUGUAUGCCUCUGGCACAGCCCUGCGUAGCAGCGCCAGCCGGCCUCACCCCGCAGCGCCCCCCUGGGUUCCGGUUAAGGCAAAGAAACACCAAUGAACAUGGAUGGCAUGGAUGGACAGGGGAGGGUCAAGAGAUCGCUCAGCUGUUUCUCAGCCUGAGUCUGGCCGAGGCCGUGGUAUUAAAUAUA